CUAUACUUUACUUUUUUGAUAAAGAAUUUAUGGUUCACGGGCGUUCUUACCUUCUCACACCGAUUCUUACCUCCCCACAACUCUACCACCAAAUUCCCAAUGAGUUUGAUCAGUUUGACAAUGAGUAGAUAAUCUGGGCUUUCGUCUGCACAACUUAUCACUAGUAUUUAUCAAUCACUCAGACAAUCGCAUCCCAGUGCACUUGCUCCGCCACAGGCACUGUGUGUUACAGGCGAUUGUAUAAAGCUAUAUCUCCGAAUUAUAAUGAGUUUCGCGAAGCCCGAAUACGCGUUCCUCAAGGAGGUCGGAAUCGGCCCUACAAAUCUCGGAUGCUAUGUCAAUGGGGCGUGGAAGGCUAGUGGACCUACGAUCUCCACUGUAAAUCCUGCGAACAACGAGACAAUUGCUAAAGUUGUUGAGGCUUCAAUAGAAGAUUAUGAAGAAGGCAUGCAGGCUUGCUAUGAGGCAGCUAAGCUGUGGAUGCAGAUUCCUGCACCAAAAAGAGGUGAUAUUGUUAGGCAGAUUGGUGAUGCACUGAGACAAAAGCUUCAACACUUUGGCCGACUUGUUUCACUUGAAAUGGGGAAAAUACUACCGGAAGGAAUUGGGGAGGUUCAAGAAAUUAUUGACAUGUGUGACUUUGCUGUUGGAUUGAGCCGGCAACUGAAUGGAGUAGUCAUACCGUCAGAACGGCCUAAUCAUGCAAUGUUGGAGAUGUGGAAUCCUCUUGGGGUAGUUGGUGUGAUUACUGCCUUCAACUUUCCAAGUGCAGUUCUGGGAUGGAAUGCAUGCAUUGCUUUAGUAUGUGGAAACUGUGUUGUCUGGAAAGGUGCUCCAACUACACCGUUGGUUACUAUAGCAUUGACAAAAAUUAUCACUGGGGUGUUAGAGAAAAACGAUUUGCCUGGAGCAAUUUUCACUGCUUUUUGUGCGGGUGCAGAAAUUGGUCAAGCCAUAGCAAAAGAUACACGAAUCCCUCUAGUAUCAUUCACUGGUAGCUCAAAGGUGGGCCUUUCAGUACAGCAAACAGUGAACCAGAGGUUUGGCAAAUGUUUGCUUGAACUAAGCGGUAAUAAUGCUAUAAUUGUCAUGGAUGACGCCGACACUGAACUUGUAGUUCGUGCUGUUUUAUUUGCUGCGGUCGGAACUGCUGGUCAGCGCUGUACAACUUGCCGAAGACUGCUUCUUCAUGAAAGUAUAUAUCACAAAGUAGUUGAACGUCUUGUUGAUGCAUAUAAGCAAGUUAAGAUAGGGGAUCCUUUAGAAAAGGGUACCUUACUUGGACCACUGCAUACACAAGCUUCAAGGGAGAAUUUUGAGAAGGGACUUGAGAAAAUAAAAUCCGAGGGAGGCAAGAUCCUUGCAGGCGGCUCAGUUAUACAAUCUGAAGGAAAUUUUGUGCAGCCAACAAUAGUAGAAAUAUCUUCAACUGCGGAUGUUGUGAAGGAAGAGUUGUUUGGCCCAGUUCUUUAUGCCAUGAAAUUUAAGACAUUUGAGGAAGCGGUCAAAAUAAACAACUCUGUGCCUCAGGGUUUGAGUAGUUCAAUCUUCACCAAGAAACCUGAACACAUAUUCAAGUGGAUUGGUCCACUAGGAAGUGAUUGUGGUAUAGUGAAUGUGAAUAUACCAACCAAUGGAGCUGAGAUUGGUGGUGCUUUUGGUGGAGAGAAAGCCACAGGAGGUGGUCGUGAAGCCGGCAGCGAUUCGUGGAAGCAAUAUAUGCGACGCUCAACUUGUACAAUCAACUAUGGGUCUGAAUUACCUUUGGCGCAAGGAAUCAACUUCGGUUGAAAUAUAUACGGAGUAUUUCUUUUUGGUAUGUGAAUUUACCUACCUACCCUUGGAGUACUUUCCAUUUUGAAGAACUGAUAACCAACUUCGAUGCGCGGAGAUAAAAUAUCCUGGGCUCCUGCUAUCACUGAGACACUGGAGUUUUCAGGUUACCUCAAAGCUGGUCUCUAUAAAAGAGUCUUCUGUAACGGCAAUGAAACACGAGUCUUCUGAAUUGCAAUCAAGUGAAUAAACCUUUCUCAAGUUUGUGCAUUGUUUUUCAAUUCCAAAUUUAGAAAUUUAUAUGCAACAUGCCAUCUUCUGGUGGCCACACUUGAUAAACCUAAUCAUAAAAAAAAAAACGAAAUUCUAGUUGAUGUUGGAAGAUUUUUCAUUCAGUGUUCUUUUCACCUUUUCAAAAAUAGUCUUCUUAAUCUUUAAAGAAAAAAUAGCGGGACUUGUCGUUCUGUUCAUCAGUAUUUCUGUAUCUGGAGUAGUUUUAAUUUUGUUAAUGAAGCUGUGUUUUCCCAUCUUGAAGAAGUAGAGCAAGUUAUACUGAUAUACUUGUAUAAAUAAAAAGUCGUGGAAAAUAAAAAAAGAUUCAUACAAGAGUUCGGUGCCAAAAGAAAAAUAUCUGAAAAAAUGUAUUUCAACAAGCUAUGGAUUUUAAUUUAGAAAAAUUUUCAAAUAAGUCCUCGUACUAUAUUUAAAACGUCAAUUGAGUUCUCCUACUAUCAAAUCAUUCAAUUUUAACUACUUAACUAUAAAAAACACUUGAUUUUACUUUUUAGCCUGUUGGUUUAAAUAUUGUUGGUAAUCUCUAAAUAGGGAAAUUGUGGGAGAUGGUUGGCGCGCGACGACGGGGAAGUUGUGGACGAAGGUGGUUAGGGAAGUUGUGGGCAAUACCAGAGCGUGUCGGUCACGCGCGGAUACCGAAAGUAAUAAUGGGGUGGGCUAAGAAAUAAAAUUUGAAGAAACAUAGAUACUAAUACAUCAAGUAGUUAACACUUUAAAUAUUGAUACAAAAUGUAAAUUAUAAAACUUCUAUAAAAUUAUGAAACUAAUAACAAAAAAAUGUAUGAGUACUUCUACAAGAAAAAUUUGUGGAUAGGGAUGGAGUCGAUGGACCCGGGCCGGUCCGGUUCCGGUUCCGGGCCGGGCCCGGGCGGGCUUUUCUUGCAAACACUUGGG